UCAAGAUUUAAUUUUUAAAUUAAUUUAAAAUCAUAUUUUAGAUUACAUCUUUUUUAUAUGCUUAAAACAAAAAUUAAGUGGGAUGUGUCUUAAAAUAGUACAUAUUAACUACAAAGCUACUAAAUUAGUAUAUUUUUUAUUAAAUUUGGUGUAACUACUAAAAUACUAAUUUUUUAUUGCAGUCUUUGAAAAAAUUAUAAUUUAAAGUCAAUAAAAUCUUACAUAUGAUUUUACUUAAUCCUAACCAUAUCUUUCAAUGCAUAGUUGGUGCCACUCAAUCAAUAUUGAUGUCAAAUAAUAUUAAAAAUAAUUUAUUUUCUAGUCAAUAUUCUCCAAUAAGAUAUAAUGAAAAAAAAAGCACCUGUAAAAGUUAUCAUAGACCAUGGCAAAAAAAUCUCUACUCCAAUGAAGAAUAUCCUGAUAACUAUACAGACAAAUCAUUUUUAGAAGAACUAAAAAAGAAUCUUCAUGUACGAAAACUUACUCUUUAUGAAGCAAUUCUGGGUGCAAGUUUAAUAACUCAAAGACUAUGUGUUGUGAUAUUAUUUGCUCUAUCUUUUUAUACCUUAAAUAAUAACUUAGCUUCACCUUUAUUUCUUUUAAUAAUUUUUUCUACAUUCAAUUUCAUAAUGUAUCUCGUUCACUAUGAAAAUUAUAAAACUAUUCCAUUUUGGUUAUUUAAAUCUACCAUCGCUUUUAUUUUAUCUGGUUAUAUAUUAUCUCCUGUGUUGAAAACUUUAACUGAAACUAUCAGUACUGACACAAUUUAUGCUACUACAACAUUUAUGUUGUGUAUCCAUCUGAUAUUUUUUGAUUAUGGGGUAUCAGCUGUAAUAGUUUCAACUUCUCUAUCAUUAAAUGCUGCAUUAUUUGGUUCUAUAUGUUUGUGUUCAAGAUUACCUUCAGCAUUUCAUGUUUUUGUCUUAAUUUCAAUAGCAGUGCAAUGUUUUGCAGUAUCACCUAUACUUUUAUCACCAAUAAAAUCUUCUAUUAAGUUGCUCUUGUUCUUUGUUGUUGUUACAUUCAUAUUGUGUACCAGAGCAUCUCAAUUAAUCAGUGGAUUAUUUGUAUUUACUGUUGUAUUCAUUAAUAUAGUAUGUCCUUACUUUUUUAUUAAGUGGCAUUCAUUUAAAGACAAUAUAUACGGACCAUGGGAUGAAGCUAUUGUACAAAGUAUUAAAGUAAAAAAUAUAUGAAUAAAAAUAAAGAAUUUAGAAUUAUAAAUUAGCUGUGUUGAACUAAUAAACAAUUUAUACUUGUGCUCUUUGAAGUUACCUAAAUAAAUAUAUAUAGUUAAUGUUAUGAUAAAUUAAA